AAAAUCAGCUGUUGUGACACGUAGUGAGCACGCAUUUCAAUCGCUCCAAUUUUUAAUCAAAUUUCCUUUUAAUUCUUCGUUAAUUUCUCGCAAAAACAUCAAAAAUUACAAGAAUUUCUUACCUUGUAUCAUUUUAAAAGUGCCAAAUAUCGAAAUUUCAUUCCUUUUUAACGAAAAUUCCUCAAAAAAUUUUUGUUUUUGUUGCCGACCUUGAAUAAAAAAAUGUUGCUAAACCUCAGAUACGUCACAAAUCAAUAUCUGCUGAACCAAAGACGGUUGCUAAGCUCACAUGCCAAACCCGCAUUUCGCCAUAUCAACAAAAUCCUCAUCGCAAAUCGCGGAGAAAUCGCUUGUCGUGUGGUUAGAACGGCAAAAAGGCUCGGAGUUCGUACUGUCGCUGUCUAUUCGGAAGCUGAUGCCAACAGUUUACACACAAAAGUCGCCGAUGAAGCAUAUUGCAUUGGACCUGCGGCAUCUCAAAAGAGCUAUUUAUGCGGCGAUAAGAUUUUAGAAGUUGCCAAAAGGACCGGAUGUCAAGCGGUGCAUCCGGGAUACGGAUUUCUGAGUGAAAGUGUAGAGUUUUCCGAGUUGUGUCAGAAGGAAGGAGUCGUUUUUAUGGGUCCGCCAGCAUCUGCGAUUCGAGAUAUGGGCAUCAAAAGUACAUCCAAAGCUAUUAUGGCAGCGGCGGGAGUUCCAAUUGUCCCUGGGUAUCACGGCGAUGACCAAAGUGACGAAAGAUUGAUGGCUGAAGCGGAUAAAAUUGGCUUUCCUUUGAUGAUUAAAGCUGUUCGUGGAGGCGGCGGCAAAGGAAUGCGUAUCGCUGAAACACGAGAAGACUUCAUGUCGGCCCUAAAUAGCGCUCGAACCGAAUCCGAAAAGGCUUUUAAUGACAAAAAUAUGCUUUUAGAGAAAUAUGUGAGGUCUCCGCGUCACGUUGAAGUUCAAGUUUUCGCUGAUAUGCAUGGAAAUGCUGUUUAUCUCUUCGAACGCGAUUGUUCGGUGCAACGUCGUCAUCAGAAAAUCAUCGAAGAAGCUCCAGCACCCGGUUUAAGUGAGCAACUGCGACGAGAAUUGGGCGAAGCUGCUGUUCGUGCUGCAAAAGCCGUUGGGUAUGUCGGCGCAGGUACCGUCGAAUUCAUUUUGGACAAAGAAGAUUUAUCUUUUCACUUUAUGGAGAUGAAUACGAGACUUCAAGUUGAACAUCCCAUCACGGAAAUGAUCACCGGCACGGAUUUAGUUGAAUGGCAGAUAAAAGUUGCUUCGGGAGAACCACUUCCAUUGACGCAGGAACAAAUUUUGCGACGAGGACAUGCCUUUGAAGCGAGAAUUUACGCGGAAAAUCCUCGAGGAGGUUUCUUGCCGGGCGCAGGACCUUUAGAACAUCUUUCGACGCCAACGCCAAAUGCUCAGGUACGUGUCGAAACGGGCGUUCGUCAAGGCGAUGAAGUCUCAAUUCAUUACGAUCCCAUGAUUGCCAAGUUGGUUGUAUGGGGAGAGACUCGUACUCAAGCGCUGGACUCGUUAAUUGACAAACUUGGCGAUUAUCACAUCACGGGACUCGAUACAAACAUCAAUUUCCUCAUAGAUCUCGCCAAACAUCCCUCAUUCCAAGCUGCUGAUGUUCACACAGGCUUCAUUGACGAACAUUUCGACACACUUUUCCCGCCGGAGAAUAUCACGGAAACAACGGUAACUCAAGCAGCAGCUGCCCUGUUCAUCAAUGAAAUGUACGCCACAGCAAAACAUUCCGAAAGCACGAAAAAUCCCUUCUACAUUGAACGAAAUUUACGUUUGAAUCACGAUGCCAUCCGCAAAUUCAACCUAAAAUUCAACGAAAAAACCUACAAUUGCAAGAUAAAAAUCGCCAACGACUCGUACGAAGUUAGCAUCAACGACUCACCUUACAAAAAAUUCUCCUUUGAUCGCGAAAUUCACAACGAAAGAUUCUCCGUUCGUCUCGCCAUCGAUGGAAACAUGUCGAAAUUCAGUGCCGUCAUUACCCCAGAUAACGUAACCAUCUUUGAUCAUGCCGGACAAUCCAAAUUUGAACUUGUCAAACCGAAAUUCCUCGAAGCGAAUGGCGAUUUGGGUUCGGGAAGCGGCGCAUCGAAAGUUGUUGCUCCAAUGCCGGGAUUGUUGGAUAAAUUACUCGUUAAAGUUGGAGAUCAAGUGAAGAAGGGAGAGCCUGUUGCCGUUAUUAUCGCCAUGAAGAUGGAACAUGUACUAAAAGCACCUCGUGAUGGUGUCGUGAAAUCCGUGGCAGGCGAAGCUGGAAUGAAUAUGACCAAAAAUCAGGCUGUUGUGACGUUUGAGGAAGAGGAAAGUAAGGAAUAAAUGGAAAAAUUGGAGGAAAAUGAUACGUACUAAACCAGCUGUGCAUUUAUUAGAAUUUUUUUAUGUUUUUUUUAGGGGUUAAUUAAUUAAUAAGGGGUGAAGAAAAAAAAUUUUAUAUCAAUUUUUAGAUAAAUAAAAAAUAUGGCAAUAAAAUAAAAAUGAAAAAUUUAAGAA